GGGUCAUGUUCAUUUCGUACCUUUUUCAAGAUGUAGACUUUAUUAUUUUGUCACUUUUUAUACCUCAAAAAAUCAUAGACUCGGAGGAUUUGUCACAUAAAACUGGCAAGGCUAAUGCAAGAAAUAAAAAUCUAAAAAAAUUGUCUAUUGUUAACCUCAAUUUUCCAGUUUUAAAUAAUAAACAAUGGUAAAUGAAUGAUAACUAAAUUGUAACAAGCAGACACUGUAAUAGAUACAUAAUCAUGGCUGGAACGUUAUUCCGUUCCUUCUUUAAUGCUACUUUAUCGCUUCAAAAACAAAAUAUUACUGCCAUUAGAUCUAUCAACACAGGUUCAGUAUACUACGCUGCUCGUAAAGGAACAAGAGCUAAAGCGCGAGCCAAGAAAGUAAAGGUUGAAAUCACUAAAGUAGGUUUCAUUCCUCAUAACCAGCGAGGGAAAGAUAAGAAAGCCAAAAUAAACAUAAACAAGCAUGAAGAUGACUCAUACAAACAGGUUUCCAAAGAUGAUGUAUUCCCGAUGCGCUACUAUCAGUGGGUGGUGUACACUGCAGAGGAUGCGGUCAGGGCACACCAGGAGACACAUCACCCCACCAUGUACAAUGACCCUAAUGCCUAUGUGUACGCACAGGUGGAACUUAACAUGGAAGCUGCUAAAAAGAAUCGUUUUGUGGAAAACUUUCAACGCCUGGCCUUGCUACCACACUACUUCCCUCGCGAAGAGGAGCGCAGCAUCCUAGCGUUCUGUAAGGGCCCAGAGCUGAUCAAGCAAGUCGCAGAGGCUGGGGCUACCACUGUGGGCAGCACGGAACUGGUUAAAAAGAUACAGGAAGGCGAAGUCAAAUUCAGCGACUACGACUACGUAAUAGCACAUCCCAACAUCCUAACUGACUUGGUGCCAAUUCGUGGGCUGAUGAAGAGAAGGUUCCCCAACGUUCGCUCCGGUACCCUGGACGCUAACAUCUGUGAGCUAGUGAAGAAGUUUUCAGCGGGGGUGCAGUACCGAGUUGUGAGGGAUGAGCAUCAGCAGAACUUCGGUUCUACGGAGGUUCCCAUUGGUCGGUUAAAUAUGGACACAAAGCAGGUUGCAGAAAAUAUAGACACAUUAUUAAAAGACAUUCAGUCAGUAAGGCCGAAAAGAGAUGGACUAUUCAUCACGAGAUGUCUCAUAGUAAGUCCGCCAUCGUCAGAGAAGUUAAAAAUCGAUCCCUUCGUGCACGUAGAACGUACUCUGUCUAAAGAAGUGCAAGAGGACAGUGACGACGAAGAUGAAGCCGUCGCCGCAAAAGCUUAAAAUCUAGAUUAAAUUAUAUCUUUAUAAGAGUAGAUGUAUAUAAUAAAGUCAUAUAAAU